UCGUGGCAAUGUUGGAUUUUUACUAUCUUCCCGGGUCGGCACCGUGUCGGGCGGUACAAAUGGUGGCAGAAGCAGUUCACGUGAAGCUAAACCUUAAGUAUCUCGAUCUCAUGGCUGGUGCUCAUCGAUCACCGCAGUUUACCAAGCUUAACCCUCAGCGUACGAUCCCCACGCUGGUCGACGGUUCUCUGGUACUGUCCGAGUCGCGUGCAGCACUAAUAUAUCUCUGCGAUCAGUAUGGCGACGAAGAUAACGAUUGGUAUCCCAGAGACACUAUCCAGCGAGCCAUCGUCAAUCAACGGUUAUUUUUCGAUGCCUGCGUGCUGUAUCCAAGGUUUGCUGAUUUUUACCACCCGCAAGUAUUUGGCAACGCUGCUCCUGAUGGCAGGAAGAGGCUAGCCUUUGAAAAAGCGGUAGAGUUGCUCAACAUCUUUCUUAGUGAGCACGAGUUUGUGGCCGGAUCGAAGAUGACCAUAGCUGAUAUAAGUCUGUUUGCCACGUUAGCUACAGCCUGUACGUUGGGAUUCAUUCUGCGACCGUACGUCCAUGUCGAUCGAUGGUACGUCGCAAUGGUGGCCUCGUGUCCGGGAGCACAGGCGAACGUUUCGGGUGCGAAGGAGUUUUUAACAUAUAAAUAA